AUGCUACAGCCCUCCCUCCCUCUCCUAUGUGGCUACGAUUUUCUCGGCGCCUGCAGCAUUUCCCUAGACGUCAUCCCCUUCGACCACCGGGCAGGCGUCGCCGCCGUCGACCAGCUCAAGCCCGUCGCGCGACUCGGCAAAUCUUACUUCGGUGUCAGGGCCUCCUGCGACGGGCUCCUCAUCCUCUGCGGCCUCUAUAGGAACAUGGACUACUCCAUCUGCAACCCAGCAACUCGCCAGCAUGCUCGCCUGCCUCAGCUCGAUGGCUUCGCGUUCUUGGGGAUGUACCCUCACAGCCCUACGGGCGAGUACCGGCUGCUGCUCGGAAAGUCGAGUCAUGCACCUGCCGACCAAGAUGGAUACUACGUCUUCACAUUGGGCUCCGACCAGCCGCCGAGGCGGUGCCCUAAUGAUGCGGAGGACAUGAUACAGGAACUCUCUUCUGUCCUGUUCCGUGGUAGCCUGCAUUGGCACGUAGAGCAGCAUGGCACGGCAAGCAACAUGAUCAAAGUAUUCAGCACCGCAACCGAGUCGUUCCGACGGAUGCGUGCUCCAGCUGUUCCUGGCAAAGCUCACCUGUUUGAGAUGGACCGAAUGCUCGGCAUGUCCAGCUUUAACGAUGCAGCGACAACCAUUGAUAUCUGGAUGACCCAGGACUAUGAGAGCGAGGCAUGGGCCUUUAAAUACCGGGUUGAGUUGCUGGCUACUGCAGAGGUCACCGUGAUGUUUGGAAUUGGAAGGUUCGACGGUAGAUGGAGUGUUGCCCCGUCUUUGGAUGGUGAUGUGCUCGUGCUGGUCGAAUUCAGCGACUGGCUAAUUCAGAUUGACAUGGAUAGCAAGGUUGUUGCCAGUUUCCAGCGUGCAUUACGCUGUGCCGACCAACUUCGGCUCAAACAAAGUCUUGUUCCGCAUUCCUUCUUUCCAACACUGGAGGGUUAUGUGGUGAAUGAUUCACCUUUCAUGUGAGGAUUGUUGAGUGGCAUGCUUCUUCUUAGCAGCUUAACUGUCAGUAUCCUCAUGGUCUGCAACAUCAAGAACAAGGUCGCUGGCUUCUUUGUUGAUUCAUAUAGAGUUAUGGUCAAGAAGCUCUCAUUGUUAUCUGGUUGCAUGAAUUCAGUGUAUGGCUGAAGGUACUACUGUUAUGUAUUAGUGUUCGAAUUACCAAGACAUCAUGGUGCAGAGUUGAAAUAUGUCCUAACUAAGCUUGUCUUGUGUCUUUAUUUUUAUUGAAUGGAACAAUUGACUUUGCUAUUUUGAUUAUGAUAUCAUAUCAACCUAGUUCUCCAUUUAUUGUAUUUGAUGCUAUGUUUUGUAUGUGUCUGCACUCGUUCUUCCGUUGUAUUACUUAGCAAUGCGAAA